UCGAGAAGAAAACCAGAAUGGUUUGAUUCCCUUGGAAGAUUGGCAGAAAGACGAGAGGGAAGCGUUGGGGUUAGUCUAAACACUUCUUCAGUUGGACCGUAAUAAUCCCCCAAAAUGGAUCUGAAUCCGCCUCAAGGGGAAAAUUAUGCUCAUCCAAAUAUAUGCUUCUUCCACGUCCUUUUCAAGGGUGCUGCUUUGGCGUUUUAUAUUCUUUCAGCUCUAUUUUUUGAUAGUUUUGUUAUCAUCUUUGUGGUGACUGUGCUUCUAGCUGCCCUUGAUUUUUGGGUAGUCAAGAAUGUUAGUGGGCGAAUCUUGGUAGGCCUUAGAUGGUGGAAUGAGAUAAACGACAAUGGUGAAAGUGUUUGGAGAUUUGAAUGCCUUGAUCAAGAGUCAAUGGCUCGGAUAAACAAGAAGGAUUCAUGGCUUUUCUGGUGGACAUUGUACCUUACAGCUGUUGCUUGGAUCUUCUUUGCAAUAUUCUCACUCAUCCGGUUUGAAGCUGAUUAUCUUCUCGUCGUUGGUGUAUGUUUGACCCUCAGCAUUGCCAACAUUGUCGGCUUUACUAGAUGCCGCAAAGAUGCCAAGAAGCAGUUGCAAGCAUUUGCCACCCAGACCAUUGCAUCUCGCUUCACAUCCACCAUCCAAUCUGCAUUUAGUGUUGUUUGAACGGUUUAUAUGUAUCGUCAAAGAAGGGAAACAAGCCUCUACAUAAUAUCAUACACUGGAGAAAGGAUCUUUUUUCAUACAUGAUCAUCGUUCUGAUGCAGAAGAGUUAGUUACGUUGCCUUGCCCCCAUUCGAUCUAUCUCGCUUGAACAUAAUUCUAUUAUUUGAUUGGUUUAUCACCUCAAAACCAGCUAAAAUGUAAUUGUAAUAUGACUGUCAGUUUGUGGAUAAUAUUUUUUUGGGGAAUGCUUCUUUGAGGUGAAACACAUUGGCUGCUUGCUUAGGACA